AUGACUCAAUUCGAACUUUUCGUGGCCACUUGUGCCAACCAUGCUGCGCUGUUGCCCGUAGUCUUAAUCGCAUCCUCCAUUAAUGAGGCCCGCCCAGCUCCAAUCAUCAAUAUCAGCUUGGAGGAUACUUCCCUGCUGACUGAGGGUGACAAGUCAAUCAUCAAGUUUCAGAUAGACGACAAGACUGUUACUGGCACUAUUCCUAUCAUCCAGGAGCUGUGCGCGCAGUUCCCUUUCCUUGUCGGCAAGGAUGCUAAGCUGGAGAAGGAAUGGAUCUCUCGAAUAGAUUUCUUUAACACCUUGGACUUCAAGACGCUCGAGCCAAUCCUCCAGCAUCUCGAUACUCACCUGCUCCUUCGGUCCUUCCUCUCAGGGUAUUAUCUUUCGACGGCGGACAUUGCACUAUGGGGUGCCCUUCGGGGAAACCGUGUUGCUGUCUCCGCUCUCAAGAGGGGUACUCUCCUCAACCUGACCCGCUGGUACAAGUUCCUCGAGGAGUUGUGCCCUUGGGCCACAUCGGCCUUUGAGUCGUUAAAUGCUGCUUCUCGCGAAAAGAAGCUUGCUAAAUCCAAAGAGGGUGCCAGCUACGAUAUUGCCCUGAAGAAUACCGAGAAAGGGGUUGUCACCAGAUUCCCACCGGAGCCUUCUGGAUACCUUCAUAUUGGACAUGCUAAAGCCGCUCUUUUGAACGAUUACUUUACCCACGAGAAGUAUAGCGGCACUCUUAUACUUCGAUUCGACGACACCAACCCGUCGAACGAGAAGCAGGAAUUUGAAGAUGCCAUUGUUGAGGAUCUUGCAUUGAUGGGCAUCCGACCCGACAAAGUCAGCUAUACUAGUGACUACUUCGAUCAACUCUACGACCAUUGUCUUCAGAUUAUUAAAUCAGGAAAGGCUUAUGCCGAUGACACCGACAAGGAGAUCAUGAAGCACCAGCGGAGGAACGGCGUCCCUAGCCAGCGUCAUGACCUCUAUCCUGAAGAAUCUCUGGCUCACCUAGAGGAGAUGAAGAAGGGAACUCCCGAGGGCUUACAGUGGUGCAUCCGUGCUAAGAUCUCCUUCGAUGACAAGAACAAGGCCCUACGCGACCCUGUGAUCUACCGAUGCAAACCUACUACUCAUCACCGCACAGGUGAUGACUGGGUUAUCUAUCCUACGUACGACUUUGCUUGUCCCAUAGUCGACUCGAUGGAGGGCGUCACCCAUGCUCUGAGAACCAUUGAAUACAGAGACCGCAACCCGCAGUACCAGUGGAUGCUCGAUACUCUGAGCCUCCGUAAUGUGCAGGUCUGGGACUUUGCUCGCAUGAACUUCAUCCGUACCCUGCUAUCAAAGCGCAAGCUAACUAAACUCGUGGAAAGCGGUGUCGUAUGGGGCUGGGAUGAUCCUCGUUUUCCCACUAUCCGUGGUAUUCGCCGUCGUGGUAUGACUAUUCCCGCGCUUCGCGAGUUCAUUCUCAAGCAGGGUCCGUCUAAGAACGUGACGCUAUUUGACUGGGGCUUGAUUUGGGCCACCAACAAGAAAUACAUCGACCCAGUUGCCCCUCGCCACACAGCUAUUGCAAACGAGGACAUUGUCAAGGCGACUGUCAUUGGGGCUCCCGCUACCCCAUACACGGAAAAGCGUCAAAAACAUGUCAAGAAUACCGCUCUUGGCGAUAAAGUGGUUGCUUUUUCCUCGUCCAUUGUUCUCGAGCAGGUUGAUGCCAAGUCCUUCAGCCAGGACGAGGAGAUUACGCUAAUGAACUGGGGCAAUGCAAUUGUGCGCGCAAUCUCCACCGAUGGUUCUACCGACAAAGUGACGCAUCUGGAACUAGAGUUGCACAUGGCUGGUGACGUGAAGAAAACUGAGAAGAAGGUUACUUGGCUGUCUACUAAGGGCCAGACUCUGGUCCCCGUCGAGCUGGUCGACUUUGACUACCUGCUCAAGAAGGACUCACUGAAUGACGAUGAUAUCCUCGAGGAUGUUCUCAACUUCAACACAGAGUUUCGUGUGAGUGGGUUGGCCGAUUGCAAUGUCUCCGAGGUCAAUGUUGGCGAUGUCUUGCAAUUCGAUCGCAAGGGCUUCUACCGUGUGGAUCGGGUUCCUGCUCCCGGUGUCCCUGAUGUCUUUUUCAACAUUCCCACUGGAAAGCAGAAGUAG